AUGCUUGACGCUGGUCAUGCGGCGAGCCUGACUGCAUCGCAAAUCGUCCAGUCCUUCAACAUCCAACCCUACUCUGCAGCCGGCUGUCCCGUUCGGCGACAAACAUACGUCCAAAGCCCUCGGCGCGCUGUCAACGGCGUGUUUGAGGCCUCAAGGCCCGUUCUUGACACACGCCCCUUUGCCAUGGAUCCCAAUAACGGUAAAGCCAAUGGGCCAGUGAGAGACGGGCCCCCAGUCCGCGCGCGCGAGUGCCCCCCGGUUCAAGGCUGA